UCUGCACUCCUGCUAAUAACGUUGGCAUAGACGUAGUGGCAGGGAUUUUCAUUAUUAUUAUUUUUAAUUUGAGGUGCCUGCUGGAUAGUGUCUGCUAAAAGUGCACCAAGCGUACGAGUUGUUUUGGAAUGCGUUGAAGGUGUGAGCCACAUGUAUAUUAGUGUUUCUGCGCAUGGAAAAAAUUAUAAAGCAACAUAUAUUCUGUUGAUUCAUUAAUCCGUAUCGUGAUCGCCGCCCGCAUAGCUUUUACGGUGCACCCGCGACGCAGCUGCGUGUGCCGGUGUCUCCUAAAUAUGACACAGUGUUUCAUACUCCUUGCGCAAUCGAAAGAAUAAUGAUAUUUCCAAGUUUUCACGGUUGGUAUCGACUUAUUCCAGUCGCCGUGACGAUAAUUGCUUGGCUCGUGUCUGGGCAGACUAUAUUCGACUACGCUCGUCAUCUGACGCAUCAGGCCGAACGUUAUUUGGACGAUUUGAAGUUCGGGAUAAAGGCAAUUAGGAAUGGACUAAACACUGUCGAAGAUGUUUUGAAAGACUCUAAAGAGCCUGGGUGUGCUUACAAGUGCCCCGACGGAACAUCACCAAAACCCAAGAUUGGUUACAAAGCCGACUCCAAUGGCUGUGGUGCUUAUGGCUUCCAGGUGGAAGCAAAGCAACUUCCGCACAAGGAGAUGAACUCGUGUUGCCACAAGCAUGACCUCUGCUAUGGCACCUGCCUGGCUGACAAGGAUGAGUGUGACUCGAGGUUUCUGAGCUGUCUGGACAUAGUCUGUGAUAAGAAGGCUGGUAGGAAUCACAAGGACAAGAACUCUCAGGGUUGCAAAGCAGCAGCACAUGCAUUCUACACAGGAAGUCAGUACCUUGGCUGUAAGGCAUACAAGGAUGCCCAGAGACAGGCCUGCUACUGCCCCAAGAAGCAUGAGCUGUGAUGCAUGUGCAUGCCUUCUGUCUCUUGUCCUGCAAAAGCAUGGCAGUUCUAGUUAUACCUUGGCGAUAAGUACUAUUUCUCUUCCUUUCUCAGCGUAUAUAUUUCUUUCCCCUUUUAAUCUUGUAGCUCUUGCACAGGGAUAAGUAUGUGUUCGAAUGCAUGGCUGUGUAUAAGUUGCUUGGAAGAGCACAAUAUUUUCUUUCUGUAUGCACUACAGUGAGGAUAAGUUUAAGUGGCUUUUACAUACAGCUUGGAAGCCACAUGCAUUUAUGUAUCCUUAGUAUUACAGUCCAUGGCAGCUCUUGGUAGUGUUUUUGUAGUUGGUCUUCUCAUAUAGUAGCCGUCUCCUGUAAAAUAAAUGUGCUGCUGUAAGCAUUGAGCAGUGUCGCUGCAUGGUAAUCCACCAGAACUGUAUUGUCUGUUAUUUAAACUAUGGUGCUCUAUUACAAGCACCAAGAAUAUAUGUUCUGGGCACAAGAAAUAAAAGACUGUUGGUAGAUGUU